AUGGGUGUCUUGACGUAUACCGAUGAACACAUUUCCACCAUCCCUCCAUCAAGAAUUUUCAAGGCCUCAAUUAUCGACUCCCACAAUUUGAUGCCAAAACUCUUGCCUGAUGCUAUUAAAAGUGUUGAGUUUAUCAAAGGUGACGGUGGGGCUGGAAGCAUUAAGCAGAUUAACUUUGCCGGAGGUUUUGUGAAGCACGAAAUAGAUGAAGUGAAUGAGAAGACAUUCACAUACAAGUAUAGUUUGAUUGAAGGUAUGGGCAUAUCAGACAAGAUUGAAAAGGUGUCGUAUGAUAUUAAGUUUGAGGGAUCACCUGAUAAUGGCACCAUUGCGAAAAUGACCACAACUAUUUACACCCAUGGUGAUUUUGAGCUCAAGGAAGAAGAACUAAAUGCAGGAAAAGAAAAGGUUUUAGGGCUUUACAAGGUUGUGGAAGGCUAUCUCCUCAAAAACCCUGAUGCAUAUGUUUGA